GUAAGAUUUCGUCGCUCACAAACUUCCGAUGGAAAUCGACCCAAACUCCGGUUCGUAUUCCCCGGCCGAUCGAUCCUUCUAGUAGUGCUCGCUUUCGCUCGUCACGUCCCCAGCCAAACCCGAAAUUUCUCUCUCGCGCGCGUCGCACCGCUUGCAUGCAAUCGCGUCUCAGUAUUGUUAGGGUUUCCAGCGAGCUAGCCAUGAUGGAGGACAUCGCAUCAGCUCCCUCCCGGACGAUCUGCUCCACCUGGUCCUCCUCCGCCUCGGCUGCGCACGCGACGCCGCGCGCGCCAGCGUCCUCUCCCGCCGCUGGCCCCGCGUCUGCUCCGGCCUCCCCAAGCCCGAGCUCGACGUCACCCUCCACCACGUCCCGCUCGACUGGCUCGAGGACGCGCUCCGCCGCGCCGCCGGCCCCGGGGUGCGCCUCCUCGACAUCCGCGUCGCCCUCGGGCCGCAAGACGGAAGCAGGGCGCGGUUCGUCCCCCCGGUCGGGCCGCAAGACGGCAGCACGCCGCCGUUCGUCCCACCCGUCGGGUCGCAAGACGGCAGUGGGCCGCCGUUCGUCCCACCCGUCGGGUCGCAAGACGGCAGUGGGCCGCCGUUCGUCCCCGUCGGGCCGCUAGAUCGCUGGAGGCCGCGCUACGUUGCUGGCACCAAUUUCUCAACAAAAAACGUUGUUGGCACCAGCCUCUCCGCGGUGCUCAGCGCCGCCGCGGCGCUCGCGCCGGUGGAGCUCCGCUUCAUGGUCGCGCAGACGCGGGCCCCUUUUCUCGCAGGGCUACCCCGCUUCCUCCGCGCCACCUCGAUGGAGCUGCACGGGCUAGACCUCCGCUUGCAACCCUCACAGGCCGGCGCCGGGUUCCCGUUGCUGGAGAAGCUGACCCUCUCCGGCUGCAACGUCGACCUCGGCGUCUUGAUCCCCAACUGCCCGCGCCUGCAGGUGCUCACGGUGGAUGACUUCACCGUCCGCUCGACGUCGCUGCAAGAACUCCUCGUGAAGCGCAUGAAGGCGAUGAGAGGCCACGCAGAGGCACGCACGCUUAGGCAAUUGACUGCGUUGUCCUCCUUCCUUGACGGCGGCGAGCAUAGCUGGUCCUGCUCGUAUCCCAAGGUGACUCACGGGCUUGGUCUUUGGGGCCUCUUGGAGCUGGGCUUGAAGACAUCGCAGAGACAAGGAGAAGAGGUCUUGUCCCUGCACAUGUGUGCCCAAGAUUCAUUGAGCUUUCAAGUUGCAGAGCGCGGAUUUGUGGCGGAGAUAGGUAAAUAUGUGGUCACCCAGUUCUCUACGUUGAAUCUACAUCUUACAACAAAGGGGCAUGCGUUUGGAGCAUUUGUGUUGUGUCUCCUUGGCAUGCAUCAUCUUAGAGAGAUACAUAACUUUAACAUCGUUGUGUCGAGAUCAGAGGUGAAAGAAGCAUGCCCACUAAAUUGUCCAUGUGAUGGCCCAAAGGGUUGGAGAUCCCAAACUAUCUCCUUGAAUCUUCGAAAAGUAAAAAUUGAAGGCUUCAAAGGGGAGAAUCAUGAGUUAGUUUUCUUGAAAGUGUUACUUCAAUGCUCACCAAUGCUUAAAAGUGUGACUGUGAAGCUGCCAGAUCAGGACAUGCCAAGUGAUGAUUGGUGCACAAAAAUACACAAUAUUUUUGGAGAGUAUCCAUGUGUGGAAGGCAACAUUGAUCUUAUCUCUGGUUAGAAGGUGUUCUGCUUGCGUGAUUAGCAUAGGAACAAUUACUUUUACUUUAUGCAUGAUUAACAUGUUCCUAGAUGCGGCACCUGCUUUUAUGUAAUUAUGU